CUAACUAAUUUCUGAUUGGUUAGUUGAGAACAUACUAGCCAGCAAGUUUUUCUAACCACACGAUGGUUAGCUUUAGCUUUGAGGUAGUGGUCUGAUUCCGACAAUCAACAGCUCUACUGCACAUCCAGUUUAAAUGUGGCGGUUUACAUCAUUUGUAAAGUGACGACGUGGGAGGCGCAGCACGAAGCCAAAUGAAGCUAGGGAUGGGAGAUACAUCUGUGGUGCUCCUACAGCACCAAAUGAGUAACAGGUAACGUUAGUGACGGUGCAAAAGCAGUGUGGUGCUGCAGUGUACAAUGAAGAAGAUAUUCAGCUUUACUAAGAAAAAGAAACACACAUCCGGUACUCCUGACAGUGGAAGUGUGCUUUCUCUUGGCUAUGAACUGAAAGAAAAAGACCUUGGGAAGAUUCACAAGGCUGCCUCAGUUGGUGAUUUGGCAAAGUUGAAGCAGCUUGCUAAAAAGAAUGAUAUCAAUCAACGUGACAAGGAAAACAGAACUGCACUUCACAUUGCCUGUGCCAGUGGACAUGCUGAGAUUGUGCAAUUCCUGGUUGAGUGCAAGGCUGAGCUUAACCUAUAUGACAAUCAAAAUAGAAGUGCCUUAAUGAAGGGGGUGCAGGGCCAGCAUGAGCGCUGUGUGAGCAUACUGCUAGAGAAUCAUGCCGCCCCUAACCUGACGGAUAUCAAUGGCAAUACAGCACUACAUUUAGCAGCAAACAUCCCUUCCAUCUCCACUGCUUUCCUGCUGCUAGGGCAUGGGGCUGAGAUCAAUGCACAAAAUAAGGAGGGAUUUUCACCAUUGAUUGUUGCAGUCCGUGAGGACCAUAUUGAUAUGGCGGAAUUUCUCCUUCAGGAGGGUGCCAAUGUGGAUUGUAUGGACCAGGAUCAAAAGUCCCCAUUAAUGAUAGCUGCUGGCAGUGGACAAAUCGGUAUGUUACGGCUGCUCUUGAAGUUUGAUGCGGAUAUCACACUAAAGGAUACCAGUGGACGAUCAGCUGAUGACUACGCAGUAAUGAAUGGACAUCAUCCUUGUUCCCUCCUAAUCAUUGAGCACGGUACCCAGAGAAAAGAUGGACCCUCCCUAUCACAUCAAGGUCCAAGCAAAAACAAGAAAAAAAUGCUGUUGGGCAGCCCUUCACAAGACAGUGAAGUAGGCUUCUCUUUGGGAGGCCCGGCCACUGAAAAAGAUGAACAUGGAGCAAAUGAAGCAGGGGAAGCAGAUUUUGAGGAGAACUCUCAGUCGGACUCACUAAGUCGAGUUUCAAAAAGUGCUGUGGAUGAAUGGCCUUCAUCAGAAAAUGAUGACUUCAUUGAAAAGAACCCACAGAAGGUAAACCUAAGGAAGAUGAUUGCAUCUAAAAAGGGAGAAGCUUCUGCACUGCCUGACAGAUCCUUGAAUGCUCUGCAUCACCCAGUAGAUCCCCGUCCCAGUUCCUUUGUUUCCACGCCAUCCCAGAUGACCUCGACCCCUCUUCUAAGCUAUGAAAAGAAAGAAGAUUCCACUGAGGAUGAGCCUGAUGAUGACAAAAAAGAGGUGAGAGAUGAGGAGGAGGAAGGAGACAUCUCAGAGGAAAAUGAUGAGCUUGAAGAGAGCGGAGACUCUCUUGAUGCCAUGUCACCUGCUCGUGAGACAGCAGUCCCAAAAGACAAGAAAAGAGAUUUCCUGUCUGAACUGGGUCUAGAGAAGGAAGAAGAACAACAGGAUUCUUGGGAGUCUGAGUCCCAAUCUGAAAGCCCCAAAAUGCCACAUGAAGAUAAGCAGAGCUUUCAAUCUCAGAAUCUGGAAGAGAUGUCCAAUGUUGAAGAAGAGAUUAAAGAAAUUGUAAACAAGGGUAAUGAUGAUAAAGCUGAUACUGUGCAGAAGGAGACUGAGAAAGCAAAAUGGGAACCACUUAGUGUUUUGAGCAAACUUGAAGGGGAUAACGACCCAAAGGCCGACUUAAUGGAAGAGCUUGGUUUGGGUGAUGUUGAUGAUCUUGAAGAUGCAUCAGACUGGGACUCGGCUAGCACUACUAGUAAGAGAAUCCUGCCUGGCCGCAGAAUGUCCUCCCCUCAACUUGAGGAGUUCCCAGAAAUCUCUAGUCCAUCUGUUAAAGAGCAGGACAAAGAUGCUGCUCCGGCAGCACACCUGACACCUCAGACACUUUCCAGCACACCCUCUCAUCUCGGGUCCCAUCCCCAACCUCGAGUAAGGAAGCUUCUGCUUCAUAAACCAGAGAGUGAAAAAGAAUCAGAUUGGGAACCAGACAGUUUAACAUCAUCUGGCAAUACAGUCAAAACUGACAGUCUGCCACAGUUCCAGGCAGUUGUUAAACCAGUCUCCCCUGAGCUCUCAUCAAUGUCAAGAGACACUAAAAGUAACAUAGAGUCUGACGAGCAACAACAAAAGGAGAAAUAUGAUCCAGUAGAUACAUGUGAGUCAGAUCUAAAUGCCUAUCUAAACCCAUUCUCAUCUCAUUGUGUGGACUCUGACAACGGAGAAAAGGAUAUUGACUUAAGAGAUCAGUGCAGUCCUGAAGAAAGAGGCGAAGCAAGUGAUGAUGUUCCAUGGGAGAAACGUUACGAGAAGCUCUGGGUAGAGGUGGAGAAAAGGGAGGUAAAGUCCACCUUCAAGAAUGUUGCUGGUGAAUUAAAAGAGAAGUUUGGAGAACUAUCUAAAUCAAGACAUCCUGCAGAAGACAUCAUAGAAGAAAAGCAGGCCACAGUUGAACAUACUUCUACAGAAGAACAGUCGAGUGAUGAAGACGAAGGAGAAAUCAUUGUGCGCCCCACAGCCAGAGCAAGGAGCAUUGUCCUUAACACCAUACCUGAGCAGAGAGAAUCUGGACUGGAAGACUCUGUGACAGAGUCAACUGACAGCUCACUGUGUGAAGAUGGGAACCAGGCCAGUGAUCCCGCAGGUAGUGAGAGCAACAUUCAUCAAGAGCCAGAUCUUUACACUGAUGAUGGUCUAGUGGAUAGCAGUUCUCCUUCACCACAACUCGCCACAGCAAAGAGAGAGAGCAAAAUGGAUGAUGCUUCCACUGGUUUUACUGAUGGUCACACCGUACCAGUGUCUGAUGUUGACCAUAGCCCAUUCUUAAAAGGUGAUACCAAACACGGGCCAAUUCACAAACAAGUUGUACAACAGAUGGACCUGAUCCUUAAGGAUACAAUUGCUGAGCUAGAUGAAGCUGAGAAAAACAAUGCGAGUUCAGAAGAGGAUCCUGAGGAAUUUGCUAAGUCUCACCCCACUUCAUUAAUUGGAUGUUCAGCAUCUGUCGCAGGUGUCUCUGAUGAAGAGCUGGAAGAGGACAUGGAAAGGUUUAAACUUGAGGUUGGGAAAGGGAUGACAAAGACUGUAAUAGAGGUGCAAAAAUCUAGUGCCUCCUGGGAUACUGGUGGAACAUUGCGGGGAGAAUUGGGUACUGAGAUACCUGAGACAAGAUCAGGACGCCUGUCAAGUCAAGUUCGAGCAGUUCACCAGGAAGAGCAACCUACAGCCACCAAGAGCACCAAUGCGGCACUACUGCAAUUGCAUCUCCCACUCCAGCAGACCUACAAUAGCAACAAACAGGAGAAAAAAGCUGCAGAGGAGACCUUACAGCUGGAACUGGUCAGAGGGGCCCAGCACAGCAGAGCCCCUCAGACCAAAACCCAUAGUAAUGGAGAUCCUCUCUCUGUGUUUGACGAUAGCAGUUUAAGUGAAGUGUCGGACAAUGAAGGAAGGUUGGCUUCCAGAGGACAACAGAAAAAUGAGAACCCAGAAGAAGUGGAUAUGGCAGAAGAUUUUGAUGAACUCACUCAGUCAUCAGACACGGCCACAGAUGACACUGACUCUCCCACUUCAGGCUAUCGUCACGUAUCAACUCUCAUUCAGAAGCUGGACUCGGCCACUUUGGACUCAAGAAGCAUGGUGAAGCUUCAGAACAUUUUUCAUGAAUAUGAGCGCACCAUCCAAAAGGAAAAAAGUCGCCAUGGGUACCUGGCAGACAAGGUGAGCCAGCUAGAAAUGGAGAGGGUGGAGUUGAAGAGCUCCCUGGAGGAAGUUAAAGAUGUUAAGUCUGCCUUGGAGUGCAAUCAGCUGGAAUUGCAGACUGAAGUCACAAACCUCAAAUUUCAGCUGAAACAGGAGCAGGAAAAUCGCUGUAACGCCACUAUGAUGUACAACACCACCAAAGAUAAGCUGAGGAGGACAGAGGAGCUGCAUCAGGUGGAGGUUCAGGAGAGACAGAAAGUGGAGCUCACCCUCAGAAACCUAGAGCUGGAGAUGAGAACGGUGGUCAACAACAUGAAACUGUCCCAGGCAGCAUCUCAAGAGGCACUGGAUCAGAUUAAAGCAACAGCUGGAGCAGAAGAGCCGGGAGCUGAUUUAGUUAGCCAGUGUUGCUAA